AUGUCGCUGCAGCUACUUCUUGUGCUGUUGCUGCAUCUGCUCUGCUGCGCACAGAGUGGCAACGCACAAACACUACAGCCACUCACAGUCUACAUUACACCACAGCCAGCAAGCGGUGUUAGAAAUAUUACGUGUGGCCUGGACUCGGACCACCCAUGUUGGUCACUGGCAGACCUAUUUGCAUCGCUUGGCAACCAAGACUACAAAGCGUCGCAGCUGAACAUGACGAUCUACAUGGCGCCAGGCACCUACCCCAGCAAGGGCAACAUCAACGCGCAGCUCUUUGGUCUCACAGUCACGAUGGCCGCGCAGAAUGAAUCGGCCCCGACGACAAUCGACGCCGGCUUUGAGGGAGGUCCCAUCUUGGUCGUCCAGGAGCCAACCACCAGCGUCCCGGCCAACGCCUCGACCACGAUCAGCGUACGCGGCGUCACCUUCCAGGGUGGCAACAACAAGAAUGGCGACGGUGGUGCCAUCUCAGCGAUGAUCACCAACUCUUCAAUGUCUAUCACACUGACCAACUGUACAUUCAACAACAAUACGGCCGGCGACAAUGAUGGCGGCGCAAUCAACGUUGUGUUCAACACGAGCUCGUACGACCCCGCGGUCCUUGCACGCGCAGUGCUCAGCGUCGAUCGCUGCCUGUUCACUGCGAACGAGGCGAAAAACGGAGGCGCCAUCAACACCGAGUACACUACUCUACUACUCAAACACAGCGAGUUUGUGGAGAACUCGGCGAGGAACGGAGGCGCCAUCAACUCAGCAAGCGCUCCCAUCCACGCCAUGCACGUUCUGUUCGACUCGAACGGCGUCAACGCCGACGGAGGAGCCAUCCUCUUCUUCAAUCAGCACGUUUCCUCCUCAACAUUCGACUACUGCAACUUUGUCGACAACGAGGCCGGCGUUGGUGGUGCGAUCUACCUCGGCCAGUCCGGUCUUCACAUGCGCAAUACCAACUUCACAAAUAACGCUGCACGCGGUGUAGGUGGCGCUGUGGCCGCGAAAACCUCGCCCAGCUACCUGAAUGUGUCGGAAUGCCAUUUGGUCGGCAAUGCUGGCUCCAAUGGUGGCGCGUUAUACUUUGACGAGGCCAACUUUGACAUCACUUCCACGUCAUUCGUGCAAAACACCGCGAUCCAGGGUGGCGCGCUCUACUUUGGCUACGCCGAGGGCGAUAUCACCAACGUCCACAUCGAUGGCAACAACGCAUCGCUCAACGGUGGCGCCAUCUUCACCACGUUUGGCCGCUUCACAAUGAACAACGUCACGAUCGACAACAACCGCGCGCAACUCGGCGGCACGAUGUACUGCAGCGCAUCGUCCGUGACUAUCCCACAGCCCGUGAUCAUUGACAACAACACCGACACCUCACACACGGGCAACAACGGUGACAGCACCGACAACAGCGGCAGUGCCAACGAGUACGAGAACCGCUUCAACAUAUACUGCAGCCUGAUACCAGAGUACACGUUCUGCACGUUUUUUGGCGCAAAGGACUACAUCGAGCUAUGUGGCGAGGUACCCAUACCGCAGGCGCACAGCAUGGCCAAGUGGAAGCUGGUGCUAAUCAUUGUGGGAGGCGUGCUGGGUCUGGGCGUGGUCGCAUUUGGCAUUGGCUGUCUGCUGGCUCGCUCCACAGACAAGGGCGACAAGAACUAUGACCCCAUCCUCACUGGCAUCAACACUGGCGAGGAUGACUCUAGCAUCCAGGAUGCCAUUGACGCUAUGGAUGGCGAUAUUCAAUCAUCUCUCGCCAUUGAGGAAGACUUCAAGGACAGGGAAUUAUAA